GGAGGCGGGGGAUUAUGUAGGUAUCGUGUGCAAAACAAGUGCUGUCAUUUUGUUCCCCUGUCCUGUUCAGGCCCAAAGACAACAACAUAUUUUAGAAACAUCAUUGGGAGAGAAAUAUACAUCACCUGAAACGAACAAAAGCAAGCAACGGUAUCGUAAAACAGAGUUUCAAGAUCGUCUUUGUGGGUCAGUGAUGCAACGAAAAUGACGCAGGAGUGGCUGCUCCUCUCACAAGGCUACUAACUAUACCAGAGAAUGUGAGAAUCAUGGAUUCUUCCUAGCAGCAUAUCCCACGGAUGGCUAUUCUGCAUCACUGAAGAGAGGAAAUGGUAAACAAAGUAAGAACAAAACCCUAGUGGUCUCAAACGCCACAAGGAUUUCCAAGGCUGCACAUUCAAGAACCAUUGGGACUACUGUUGCCGCCAUCUUCUAACGGGUUCUGCAUUACUAACGGCUGCCUCUGUGUACGCACAGGCGAAGAAGGGCUUGUGUGAAACAUAAUGCUGCACAGGAUGGCUGCGAUUUUUCUCUUUAAUUAGAACCUGAUGGAUAGUUACCACCCUCACACCGUGCUCAGCAAGCUCAAUGAGCAGCGCUUACAAGGCCUUUUCUGUGAUGUCACCAUUGUGGUGGAGGAUGUCAAGUUCCGUGCCCACAAGAACAUCCUGGCAGCUUGCAGUGGUUAUUUCAAGAAUGCUCUGACAAAUGACACAUGGAGUUCGAGCCGUGUGCUGGAGCUAAUGGACCUUAAGUCUGAAGUUUUCGCCUGUGUCCUCAACUUCAUCUACUCCUCAAAGGUUACAUUGUCUUGUUUUGAGGACAACAAGGAGCUAAUAGCGGCAGGGAAAAGACUUGGCAUUCCAUUUUUAGAGAAGCUUGCAGGGAAAGGGAAACAGGACAGGAAUAAAAAUCAACUGGACUCUAUUAAAUCGCAUGACUGGACCACAGCUAAUGUGCUUAAAAAAAGCAAGCAUGAGGCUACUAGACCUGAGGAGAUUGAUGGCACUAGAGGACCACGAAUCACCAAUGCCUUCUCCAUCAAUGAGGUGUGUGCUGGAAACAAUCCAUUCACCCCACUGGAAGAUGGUAGGCAGUCACCAGAUGAGGUCAAACUCCCAGAAAGGUCCCCAACAUCCUCCUGCCUUGAUGGAAUAAAUGAAACCACACUACCCUUCUUAGACCACUCGUAUGCGUUUGAAGGAAAUGGUGUCAAUGGCCGUGCAGAUGGUGGUUCAUUGCCUUUGACUUUCAUGGCAACAACUAAUAUGGUUGCUCCUAUCAUGCCCCGCAUCAGCUUUGACAAGCCCUGUGAUACAGAUAUUGACCAAAGUUUACUCCAGAAUUAUCAACAGAGAACAUCAGGAAAAGAUGACACGCAUAGUUCACCUUUCAUUAACUUUGACUCUACAGUACCUUUGCAGUCUGACCCUGAGUCUUCCCCUAUCAGUAAUAAAGGUAACCCUUUUAACCUAACCAAUUCGCAUCACAUCCAUCAAAAUGUGUCAUUCCUAAACUCACUAAACAAUGUUGAAAAGCUCAGUGAGUUGUCUGCAUCAGCAAAAAGACUUGAAAAAAUGACUCAAGAAAUGCUUCAGUCAAAUCCUGAGGAAUUGAGUCUUGAUAAAACAGCGGGGGCAACAACUCAGACCUACAUCGCCAAACCUGUAUGCCCAGGUCCAUCUGCAGAUGGUGAUGCAAGGCCGCUAUGCCAGAUAACUGUAAAAAUAGGUGAUGAAGCCAUUGUUAGCCGGAGAAUCAAAGGGUCGAAGCUCUUUCCAAGGAGGAAAAAAAAGAUAAGAAAAAUGGGGGAUUUAGAGAGCCAAAGUCAACUUCAUCCAGAUGACAAGUUGGAGAGCCCCAAGCUACGCUUCAGGACAGACAUUUCAGGUUUAAUAUCUGAGCCAUACGAGGAUCCCAAUGAUUGUGACGUGGCUGACGAACUUUGGCGUCCCUACUAUUCUUACAAAGCCAAAAAGAAAAAAAAGCUCAAAUUUAAGCACAGAAAAACUUUGUAUCAAGAACACAAGGUUUCAGCAAGAACUGACACUGUUGACAGUGAGGCUCGACUGGACAGUUGGCAGACAGGAGACGGUACCUCAGGUGGGGAAGAUUUGAAACGCAGUCUUCAACCAAGGACAAUCUACAACUGUGACAUUUGUGACAGCUCUUUCAUCACUGAGACAGGUUUAAGAGCACACAUUAUAGGUUCUCAUCCAUAUUUCUGUCGCACUUGUGGGAAACAGGGUCCUCCAGGGGAGACACCUAGUGGCAAUGAUUACGUUUGCAACAGUUGUAUGGAAAAUGGCUCCUGCUUUGAUAAUUCAAAUUGGAGCCCCAAACCAGAGAAAAAGUUUCGCUGUUCCUUCUGUCCUCAGCGGUUUCUCUACCUUGCCACCAAGCGAAGCCAUGAGAAAAAACACCUAGAGACACCUGGGGAGAGUUACACGAAUAAGCCAUGUUUGGAAUUCCUGGAUAACGUGAGUGAGAAAAACAAAAAAGACUGCAUCAAAACGGAGGACGAUGACUAUCAAGAAAGUUCCGACAUGCAAUGUGAGGAUGGAGCACAUUUCCCUAUGAAGAAGGUUAAAACUGAGGAAACCUCUGAGUUAAUCACUUGGACUCCGAAUCAGGACAUUACAUACGCGCACUUAAGUUCUUCAUUCCCCCAGCCUGAGCCACUGUGCACUUUGACUUCACCUUCAAAAAUGAAACAAAAAAUGAAAAAACAUUCUUUAGGUCAAGCUUUAAAUCAGCAAGUUCAACGAAGAGAUGCCAAUAAAGACAAGGACAGUUUGGAAGUAGAGAGUGUAAAUGAUAACGACAAGUCUUGCAAAUUGCCAAGAAAGACUGCCCUGGGGUUUAAAGACAACCAGAUUUCUGGACACAGGCCAGAGAAAAGGAUGAGUAAAAACAAAACAUUUUUCUAA